GUGUCGCUGUUUUUCUGUCAAUCGGAAUGUCUUCAAUAAAAAACUUAUCAACUCAUAUCAACUUUAUUAACUAAAAAUUGGACUUUGAAAACGGGACUACGGGUCUCUAAAAUAUAUUAGUGUAACAAUGGCUUCCACUGCGGUAGACGUACCAGUUGAAAAUUCAGCAGUUAGGGAGGAUAUGGUCCAGACAGCUAUAAAGUUUCUAGAAAAUCCCAAUGUAGUAAAUACUCCCCUUGCUCAGAAACAGAAAUUUCUACAGAGGAAGGGUCUGACUGACAGAGAAAUACAGUUAGCUUGUGAGAAAGCAGGGGCUUAUGCUGUACAUGAACAACAGAAACGUCUUCCUCCCCCAUUACCGCAACCUUCUAGUGCAAUAAGUAAUUAUCCUAUGUAUGGCCAACCACUGCAGCUCACACUGUUUGAUAGAAUUAGGGAGGUGGUGCAUAAUAUUGCUUUAUUUAGUAUUGUUGCCUACAUAAUUCACAAGUUUUAUGAGAGAUAUAUAGCUCCGUUCUUAUUUGGCAAAAAGAAAAAAUCCAUCGAAGAUACCAUUGAAGAACUAGACGGAAAUAUCAAAUCUUCCGUUAGCGAACUGAAAGAAGAUCUGCAGAGUGUUAAAAUAGAAGUUGAUAAGAUUAGCAGCAGUAACGAAAGUCAAACUAAUAGACAACUCGUAGAAUUAAAGUCUGAGAUUGCCAGUGUUAAAGGGCUUCUAUUAGGCAGAAAACAGUUUCCGUCGGUAGCAAACAGUCCCGUAGUACCUCCAUCUAUUCCAGCAUGGCAAAUGUCCAGCGUGCCACCCGACAACAUCGAUGAGCAUGAUGACCACGAAGAGAGGAAGGAAGAUUUAGAAGAAUUAGGCUCAGGGUCCGGAUCGUCGGAACCAGAACAUGGGAUGAAAACGAGCGAAUCUAGUUUAGAAAUAAUAUAUUCCUCAAGAGAUUGUGAUUCGGAGUCCUGCCAUAGCCGGAAAAGUACCAAGGACGACAUCGAUAAAGACUAGGAUAUUCCAUUUCAGCUCAUCUUCAAUUUUUAGAUACUUAUUUUAAUAAGUUACCUUUUAUAUUUAUAGAUAUUAAAUGUUAUAUUUAUUUUUAACAUG